UUUUGUUUUUAUUUGCUUCACUAAAUUGUUCCCCUUCACCUACACACACACACACAGCAGCUGGCCUUUAACAACAAUAUACGUCCUCGAUGUUGAGGCACUUUCGUGCAAAGCAUGAGAAACCCGCUCCCUCUGUCCAAGCUGCAGUCGAGAGCCAGGGUGAAGGAAACCGAAAGGAGAGGAUUGAUGAGGUCUUGGUUAGCAUGAUUGUGAAAGACUCACAGCCUUUCUCCAUUGUGGAUGACGAUGGCUUCAAAUAUUUGGUGAGCAUUUUGGAUCCAACUUACAUUCUACCGUCAAGGCAAACUUUGAAGAAAAUGGUGGAUACAAAGUUCACUGAGGAGAAAGAAAAGGCCAAAGAAGAAGUGCUGAGGGCUACGGGCAUCAGUUUAACCUCUGAUAUGUGGACGACGGUCCAUAUGGAUUCAUACUUAGCUGUCACCUGCCAUUUUGUUGACAGCCAAGAUAAACUGUCCACUGUAUUACUGGGAGUAGGGCAAUUUUCGGGGUCAAGUACAGCUGCAAACAUUGCUGCUGUCAAAACAGCCCUCAUGGAGGAAUGGGGGAUUAGAUCCAAGAUCAGAUGUCUUGUCACAGAUGCAGCUGCAAAUAUGAUUGCAUGUGCAAACAUUUUACAAGUGAGACAUACUAUUUGCAUUGCCCAUGCUCUCAAUCUGGUGGUUAUAAAAGCUAUUGAUUUCCCAGGGUUUGAUGAAAUCAGGGGGAGGGCAAGGAAGAUCGUUGCCUAUUUUAGAUCAAGCACUGUGGCAAAAGAGAGGCUUGGGACAUUCCAACAGCAGAUGGGAAAACCUGCUCAUAAGUUGCUGCAGGAGGUGGACACGCGCUGGAACAGCACCUAUGACAUGCUGGCCAGACUUUAUGAACAGCGUGAACCAGUUGGGGCUGCACUGGUCUCACUGAUGACUGAUUUGCCCCCGCUGUCCUCAACUGAGUACCAGAGCAUGUCAGAGUGCCUUUGUGUACUGUCUCCGCUGAAAGAGGCAACUGUGGAACUUUCAGCAGAGAAAACUGUCUCGGGCUCAAAGGUCAUUCCUCUCAUUCGCAUGUUGAGGCAUGUCAUUACAACAAAUCAGCAAGAAGUGACCGAUGACAAGGCAGCGCAGCUCUGCACAAAUCUUUUGGGGCUCAUGUCUGAGAGGUUGUGUCAUUAUGAGACUGCUAGCCAGAUGACCCUCGCCACACUGCUAGACCCACGCUUCAAGACAAUGGGAUUUUGUAAUCCCUCUUAUGCCCAGAAUGCAGUCAAAAGGCUCACUGCUGAAUGUGCAGCUAAGGUCAGAGACACUGCAGCACCUAACACAACACCAGAGCCUGCAGAAUCCUCUUCAGCAGCUGCAGAUAACCCAGGGACAGGCCUGUGGGAUCUAUUAGACCAACGAGUUAUGGAGACCAGGAAGGUGAAGAGUGCAACUGCAAAUGCCACCGUUGAAGUUCAGCGCUACCUGAGUGAACCAAAUAUCACUCGUUCAGAAGAUCCUCUUCAAUUUUGGGCCCAGCACAAGCACAUUUACCCCCAUUUGUACAUGCUGUCCCUGUGCUAUCUAUGUACCCCUGCCUCUUCUGUGCCGUGUGAACAGGUGUUCUCCAAGGCUGGGGAAGUGGUCAGUAAGAAGAGGAAUAGACUCAGCCCCAGCACAGUGGAGAAAAUCCUCUUCUUGAAUAAAAACCAAACCACUUAAGUUCCUAAACACUGCCAAUCAACACAAUAAACUUCCCCCUGACCUGUCCACAAGCACUAUUAUUAAUAAAAUA